AUGAUGAACGAGAAACUUACUAGGACUAAGUCAUGUCCCAGUCUUCUCGAUCUACAACAAUCGAACAACAGUAAGGGCAAAAGAGUAGUGAAACGCAAAGAACCGAUUGUCGUGCCUAAGGAGAAGCCUCCUCGACAAAGAAGAAAUUAUAAAAAAGGGAUCUUAGGAGUUGGAAGCAGUAGUAGUGGUACUACUUCUACAUACGAUGAUGAUCGGAUGAGGAUGAUGAGUAAUUUUCAAAACAUGAAUAACAAUAAUAAUAAUAUGGUGGUGGCGAUGAAGAUGUUAUGUAAUAAUGAAAUGAUGCUCCCUUUUCCUCCAAGCCAAACGGCGCCGUUUGAAUCGAACUUUUCCUCUCCGUCAACUUGUACUGGCUUCUUAUUGGAUUCAGUAAGAGUUGAGUCAGAAUCAAAGUUUCGAAGAAAUGAUCAAAUCAUCAAUGGCAGUAGCAGUAGUACUAAUCGUCAUCAUCAGUUUAGUACUACUCCUACUACCAAUUCUUCAAUGUCAUCAGCUUCGCCAUUUUCUUCAAGGUUCACGGCCAACAAUGAAGUUUUCGAUAGGCGCAAGAAUAUGCAGGUCUUCGGUAAUAAUAAUAAUAUUCCAGUUCCAGAUGAUCAGCGUCGUCAACAGCUACUUUCGCAUACUCAUCCGCCCACCCAAACCACUACUACUCUACCUUUUCAUCAAAUGCCUCCUCCAGUGCUACCUUCUUCCACCCAAACAACACCCUUUUAUCAAUAUUACAGUAAGACACCGUUUCAUCAAUAUUCCAGUGAAACAAUGCCUCCUUCAGUUCUCACUUCGACCCAAACCACACCAUUUCAUCAAUCCAUGCUUCCUAAUAAUUCCACCCAAAAAGUACCACCUUUUCAUUCCAUGCGGGCACCAAUACCACCUCCUCCGCCCCAAACGGCCGACCCAUCUGAGGAGAUGUCAUUAUUGGACAGGUUACUGGCUGAGGCUGAUCUCGAACUUAGAAGAUGUAGUACUGAUGAUCGCAAUAGAGAUCAAUUCGGUACUACUUCCUCACCAGCUGCUUUCUCAUUUGCAACACCGCAGUCGACGUUGGUCAAUAAUGAUGAGGCUUUCGAUCAUUAUAAGAGCAACAGCAAUAUGGGUACUGUGCAUAAUCAACAACUGGGACUCCCUUCGACCCAAACGAUGACCCAGUACUUUCGACCGACAGUACUGCCAACAUCAUCAUCGUCGUCAGAAUAUAGUGGCCUCAUUGAUUCCGUAGUUGCUGAGUCCAAAGCUCGAGCGGAAAACAGGUUCAUUCAUAAUAAUAAUAAUAAUAAUAAUAAUGAUGAUGAAGAUUUGUUUGCUAAUAACAACACUUGUUAUUCAUUUCCUUCAUCUUUUCCGUCUCUGUCUGAUAAUUCAUCAAUGUUUGAAAAUGACCUGGAUAUGAUCGUAGCUGAGUCCGGUGCCCGGUUUAAAAGAACUGAAAAUAAUAACAAUAAUAGUAAUAACAAUUCUUCACCUACCUUUGCGUCCCAAAACCAAUCCUUUACUACUGAUUAUCACCAGCAGCUUCAGCAGCCAGCCAAUCCUGAAUACACUACUUUCAAUCAUAGUACUCGUUCCCAAUUCUCAUCGGAACCCUCAUCCAUUUUUAAUGAUCUGGCCCCCUUAUCCGAAAUGGAGUUCUGUAAUCUUCCUUCCUUUGAUACUAAUAAUAAUAUCAAUAAUGGUAUUACUGAUACCACAAUCACUCAACCCAAGUUUGAUGAUACCUUUGCUUUUCAUCAUGGAUCGAAUACCUCAUUCGGGACAAAAGUAGAAAAUCCUUUUACUGAAAGGAUAUUGAUGCCGGAUUCCAAUGUUACUGGUGGCUUGGAAGUGAAGAAGAAAAGGAAGCUGCGCUCGGCAAAGGCUUCCUCCAGCACCACCAAUGACAAAGGCAAAAUUUCGAAUAACUUACAAUGUUGA